GAGCGAGGUUUGUAGAAGUGCCAUGCACAAUUUACAUCGUGAUCAAUCUUUGAGAGCAGCAUCGAGGCUUCGGGAUCACUACCAGCGACCUACCGACAAACCCACGGCACCGCCUCCCAACCGCAAAGAUGUCGCUCGUCUCCGGAGAGAAGUCGAACUUCCAGUUCAUCCUGCGUCUGCUCAACACCAACGUACGUCUGCCCCGAAACGACUGGACCGCGCGAGGUGGAAUUCGAGAUGCGACCGAGGAGGAAGAGAAAUGGGAUAUGCAUCAAGGGUGUUGGUCGUCGUUACUCCAACUUGGUCUGCAAGAAGGCCGAUGUUGACCUCAACAAGCGCGCAUUGUCACCAUCAUCCAGAACCCCACCCAGUACAAGAUCCCCACCUGGUUCCUCAACAGGCAGCGCGACAUUGUCGACGGCAAGGACAACCAGGUCCUCGCCAACGGUGUCGACUCCAAGCUCC